AUGCGCAGUACUGGGUAUACCGCGCAGAACCCGAGCGUCGAUCAGCUCUUUUGUGACAGGGAACUGCCCUUUGGAUGGUACAAGUUCAAAGGAGGAUUAAAGCUGGCGACCACGUGUCAGGCGGAGUACCACUGUAACACCCAUCUCCCAUUGUGGAUGAACGGCACGCAUCCUGCAGCUCUGGGGGCCAUCGUCACCAACAACGUUUGCGCCAUCGAUAUGACGGGCCUGGAUUGCUGCUCCCUACAAAGCACCAUCAGGGUAACGAACUGCGGUACAUUUUUCGCCUACGAACUGAAACCCGCGCCCGGUUGCGACAUGGCCUACUGUGCAGGAAGUGGUACCCCAUGUCUUCAAAACCAGACGUCAGCUACCGGCCUCACUCCGGGAUGGUACGACAAGUUUCCACAGAUGCUGACUUCACCACACUUAUCGGACCCAAUUUUGACGCCCGGGUCUUUCAAAUUUCAGUGCGAUAUUAAUUUUGACAACGCACGACGUGACGUCGGUUUUGACGUAAAGUUCCUUUUUGACGGCAAGCCCGACAGUAACGUCCCGUCUGUGAAUAUUACUGACGGCGUCACUAGGCACGCUGACCUAGAUCAAAAUCUUCUGAAGGGUCAUAUGGGGCAAAACGUGAGCUGCGCCGUGCGGACAUUCUUUCUGACUCCUCCAAAGCCCGGCACACAUUUCAACGGGCCCUAUAUUCCGAGUAACAGCUACUGGGUCGGCAUUAAGAUAGACACAGACCGCCUUGUAGUCGGAGAAAAUGAGAAGCCAAAGACUGUAUCCAUCUACUCCACAGUCCCAAUCCGCUGUCCUCCCCCACACGACAAAACAUGCAACCUUGAGAUUGAACUCGACCCCAUAAACAAUAACGGUCAGCUGAACCUUGUGAAAGACUGCAGUGUGCACUUCACCCCGGCAAUGUGGGAUCCGAAAACAAAUAGAGCAACCACUACUUUCCAGGUGUCAGCCACCAGGGACGGUGUAACGGACAAGGAUAAGGAUAUUUUCCUUCAUUUUAAUCCCAUUUUUACCGCUGAUGCCCCGCCAAUCUUCAACUUCUACCAAGUUCCGUUUAUGCAGAUUUUAGCUAAAGAUAAAUACACGUCUACCUGUUGGUGUACGGCCGACCCUCACUGUACUACCCUGGAUACAGCCCUUACGAAGAAGGGCUCCUAUUUUGACAACUUCUUGGUCGGGGAGUUUACCAUGUAUAAAAGCACCACAAGAGACUUUCAGGUACAAGUAAGGACAUGGACAUGUGGUGGCAGCGUGUCAUGUAACUGCGCAGUCGCAAUGAAAGAGGGAAAUGACGUCAUAAUUCUCGACAUGUGCCACGGGGCGUCAUCUCCACGUAUAACGAUUCCGAACAAGGGCGCGAUCUCUCAUGGAAUGGUGGUCAACAGAAACGGUCCGGGCAACAGUUGGAUUGUGAGUUUUCCCUCAGGCACACUGGUUAAAGUAACAAAAUACGGUAGCGCAUCAUUGGACGUGUUCAUUACUGCCCCUGAAGACGACUUCACCGGCACGGAGGGUCUGUGCGGCUUUUUUGACGGAAACAGGGCCAACGAUAUGAAAUAUUCGACAGGAAAGACUGACAUCUUCCCGACCGCUCGUUCACAGAAUAACAACUUCGUCAAUAGCUGGAGGAUUCCAGUUGGCGACUCGUUUUUCGAUAAGACCCCGGCCAUUGACCCAAAACUAAAUAGAGACAUGUAUUACUGUAAGUGUGACCAGAAGAUAAAGGGUCAAGUAACGUGCAGUAUCGAUGGCAACACGGCAGUUCCCGCCGUCCAUACCCGCUGCCCUACAUGCACAGUUAACGUUGUUAAUAACGGACAACUGAACACCGGAAAUGGUCGUCGUCGGCGUGCCGCCAGUACCAUACUCCCAGAUGAUUACCCCUCAGACUACUACUUCAACUACGGUCUAUCGUUUCAGCCUCAACUGCUAGCGAACUUUCCGAGUGUUAACGGAAAAUCCCGAGCGGAAGCGGAAAAAGCCUGUAACUCUGCGAUCGAUAAUAACCCGACUUUACAACAGUGCAUUGCCAAGGCGGGGCUAGAUUUCUCCAACGAAAAGGAUAUUUGUAUAGAAGACUUUAAGUAUUUUGACAACGGAGAGCUAGUCCGAAGCGCCCUGCAUACAGCCAUAUACAAAUGCACCGACCACGUGCUACGUAACGUCUCGCUCCAUGACACCAGCGGUAAUCCACCUGCAUAUGCCACCAGCGAGCUCUGUCCGGAUUACGAUUGUAAUGAUAAUGGCGCAUGUGUGAACGGAACUUGUAUCUGUAACCAUGGUUUCGUAGGUGAUUCGUGUGAGAUAAACUCACAGAAGGCACCAAUGCUUUAUGGAGUUAUAAGCACGUCAUAUAUCGGGAAGUCGGUACUGUGUGACGUCACAGACCGCGAAUGCGUGACGUCAUACGUACAUGGGGACAAUAUUUACGACAACUCUCGUCUCUCAUGUAGAGUCCGCGUCAUGCAGUUUGACGGCCAUGGAUUCGUUUACAAGGGCCACACAUUCACUACUGGCGUGGUCUACAGGAGCAUGUAUGACGUCGGAUGUCGCUUACCGACUAAGGCUUCCAUUGGGGGUCAGACUGUUGUUGGCUUCAACAUUUCCGUGACAAACGACGGCCACACAUACAGUAAUGAGAUAACUGCCGUACGGACAGACAGCCAAUGUGCCAACUGUCUAAAAUCAGGGACGUCGUGUACUGUGAAGCCUGGCACCUGUCUGAUUGAGGGUAACUGUAGGACGGCGGGGGAGGUAAAUGCUAAAAACAAGAACCAGCAAUGUGACCCUACACACAGUCAGACAGCAUGGGCCAAUACCCAGCCCGUAACCCCCGCGGAGAGCCACACCGUCACCACCCCACCCACCGCUCCACAAGGUGGAACCUAUUUGAAGAGAUUUGAUAUCUGGACGUUCUCACAGAGCGGAUGUCAGUGUGCUCAUAAUCACGCGCUGUACACGUGCGCGUGCUGUGACGUAGGCGGAUGUCAGUGUCAAGCGCCACAUUCCAACCAGUGUGUGAAGUGUGAGGAUACACAUAUAUGCGGACAUCCUCUGGCUGCCCCCAGCAACGGUGUGGACGGCUAUACGAUCGCCAUAAGCGGCUGCAAAUGCAGAUUUGACCCUAGCCAGUCAAACUGUGCAUGCUGCAGGAUAGGCAUUGGUGCGUGUCCAUGUGGACGGACCCAGCGGAACCAAUGUGCCGCCUGUGACUUUAUGUACCAGUGCGGCAACAAGCCAUGGAUAUUCGGACCGCCGAUGGCCUAGGGCCAACUUGGAUAUUUGA